GUGGACCCCUAAAAAUGCCGCUGGCGACGUAUGGACUGAGGACUGACCCAGCACUGAUCCAACGCUGCGCUGACCCAGCAGCAUUGGAUGAUGCAUCGACCUCCUCACUCAGCAGUGCAGUGCAGUGUCAGGAUGAAGGAUACCUUGGCAGGCCGCUGCGAGUGGCCCCGAGGGGAGUUGGCCACUCCCGACCUCUCUUCGCUUGUCUUUGUUUACCGCUACGAGUCUCAACAGGGAAAUUCGUGCAGAUGAGCAGCUGUGGUCGUGUAGGCCUCCGAAUUGGAUUUAACUGGCGCUUCCCGUGGGUUGUGUAACUUUUUGGACGCUAUACCCAUCCUACUGUAUCUCUGCUCCUGCAAUUUCUCUCUCUCACUCAUCAGCAUCAGCAUUCAUCCAUCAUCAUCAUCUUCUUCUCCAUCACCACACAACACACAAGAAACCACCUAGUCAAGGAUUGCUCCGACAAUCCGUAAUAUCAUCAUCUCCUCCAAAAUGACUGGAUUCACUGCCGCCAACACCACCUACACUCUCAACAAUGGAGUGAGAAUCCCCGCCGUCGGAUUCGGCACCUUUGCCAACGAGGGUGCCAAGGGCGAGACCUACGCGGCCGUCAAGAAGGCCCUCGAGGUUGGCUACCGUCACCUCGACUGCGCGUGGUUCUACCAGAACGAGGACGAGGUCGGCCAGGCGCUCGCCGAGUUCCUUGAGAACCACAAGGACGUCAAGCGCGAGGACAUCUUCAUCUGCACCAAGGUGUGGAACCACCUGCACGAGCCCGAGGAUGUCAAGUGGAGCUUGCAGAACUCGCUCGACAAGCUCAAGGUUGACUACGUCGACCUCUUCCUCAUCCACUGGCCCAUUGCCGCCGAGAAGGACGAGGCCACCAACAUGCCCAAGAUCGGCCCCGAUGGCAAGUACAUCAUCAAGAAGGAGCUCACCGAGAACCCCGAGCCAACAUGGCGGGCCAUGGAGGAUCUCGUGGAUGCCGGCAAGACGCGGUCCAUUGGUGUUUCCAACUGGACCAUCCCCGGCCUGCAGAAGCUCCUCAAGUUUGCUCGCAUCAAGCCGACCGUCAACCAGAUUGAAAUCCACCCCUUCCUCCCCAACACGGAGCUCGUCGAGUUCUGCUUCAAGAACCAGAUCAUCCCCACUGCCUACUCUCCUCUCGGCUCGCAGAACCAGGUCCCAUCGACGGGCGAGCGUGUCCGUGAUGACCCCACUCUCAAGGCCGUUGCUGAGCGCAGCGGACACAACCUUGCCCAGGUGCUCCUCGCCUGGGGUCUCCGCAGAGGCUACGUCGUGCUCCCCAAGAGCUCGACCCCCUCGCGUAUCGAGAGCAACUUCCAGAUUCCCGUCCUCCGCGACGAGGACUUCAAGGCCAUCCAGGAGGUUGCCAAGGGCCGCCACUGCCGCUUCGUCAACAUGAAGGACACCUUUGGCUACGAUGUCUGGCCCGAGGAGUCCGACGGCCAGCUCAAGCAGGAGUAAAUGUUGUGUUGUGGAGUUUUUUGUCGAGACGAUUUAAUGACUGGGAUGCAGGCGUGUCAACGGGAACGGAACGAUUAGAGCGGUUGGAUAGCAAAAUUCCUUUGUAUUGGAUACCUUAGAAUGAUAGACAUCACUUGGUAGAUGGUCAAGCAAGCGGGUGGAUUAGUUGCUCUUCUCUCAUGGGUGGAAUUGGAACUAUUUUCCGAGUAUCUGUGUGUUGAAUGUUCUAUUGUGAUUUGUGACGUCGUUGCUUAGGUAUUCAUGUUCAACCUCAGUUCUCAUCUCUUCCGUCCAGUCAAACGAACUGAAAUCGAAGUCUUGACUCGCAAUUUUGCAGCUUGACC